AUCAGCCGUUUUUCUAGUUCUUCAGUACUUUCGUCGUCCGUCACUUCGCCCAGCAGUCGCACAGCGGCUGCGGUACCGGCGCUUGACGGCAGCUAGAGGCCGCAUCGAAAAACUCGAGCCAGGACCAUGGCUACGCAAACCAAGGGCCGAUUUCCACUCUUACCAAAAAUAGUAAAUGGCGGCAUUGCGGGCAUCAUCGGUGUCACGUGCGUGUUUCCCAUCGACUUGGUCAAGACAAGACUUCAAAACCAACAGAUUGGGCCAAAUGGAGAACGCAUGUACCGCUCCAUGCUCGACUGCUUUCGGAAAUCCUAUGCAGCAGAAGGCUUUUUUGGCAUGUACAGAGGUUCAGCGGUAAACAUCUUGUUGAUUACACCGGAGAAAGCCAUCAAGCUUGCUGCUAAUGACUGGUUUCGCCAUACUCUUUCAUCUUCAAGUGGUAAACUGAGCUUAACGCAAGAGAUGCUUGCUGGCGGAGGGGCGGGAUUUUGCCAAAUCAUUGUCACCACACCGAUGGAGCUGCUUAAGAUUCAGUUACAAGACGCUGGCCGCACAGGUGCCGAUGCCAGCAAGCGCCUGUCGGCACGAGCAGUGGCCACGCAGCUUGUUCGCGAGCGGGGCCUGGUUGGCCUCUACCGCGGGACAGGCGCCACCAUGCUGCGCGAUGUCACCUUCUCCGUCAUCUACUUCCCGCUCUUUGCGCACCUAAACUCCCUAGGGCCCAGCAGAUCCGACGGCACAUCGGUUUUCUGGGCAUCGUUCCUCGCAGGCUGCGGAGCCGGCUCGGCAGCCGCCUUCCUCGUCAACCCCUGUGAUGUCGUCAAGACGCGCCUCCAACUGCUCAGCCGGGCACCAGGGGAGGCCUCUUAUACAGGCAUUCCCGACGCAUUUGUCCGCAUUCUUCGAGAGGAAGGGGUGCGUGCUUUCUUCAAGGGAGCCGGAUGCCGUGUCAUUGUGAUUGCACCGCUGUUUGGUAUCGCUCAGACUGUUUACUUCCUGGGUGUGGCCGAAUACUUGCUUGGCAUGAAGAGAGCUAAGACAGCCUAGUCCACGUCCUGAAAUUCUCGCUGCCAUGAAACCCCGACACAGGAAAACCACAAGGGCUUUCGAAUCAAAAUUCCUGUUCGGGCCUAUGCCUCCUGCACAUCUGCAACAGCUUGUUCUGGCUGCAAUCUCGCAAGGUGCAAUCCCGAGCGGCUCGUGUGCCUCGGGCAGUUGAGUGACAUGCGUUGACUGUAAACAACUCCCAAUUCAUCACUUGCCCCGUCUGCCCAAAAGGCGUUGAAAAAGUGGAGGUGUCAAAUGGGGUUUAACACUGAGGAAAGAAAGAAGAGCCACGAGUGAGGAGGAAACUGGGUGGUUCACAUGUUUGCUUGCAGCACUCGCACAGCUGUCGAUUUACUUGUUCUCAUUACAACCAUCAUAACAAGGUUUUGCCAUCUGAAGAUUUAUGAUAGAAUUCCUGCGUUGAGAUCACUCUCAGAGCUGUGGAAGUGCUGCUUGCAUAGGUCUACUGUAUUUACAGUUUAUAUUGUAAGCAAUGAAUUGUUAAUAGAUGAUGACUCGGGUUGUUAUCAUAGUUUUGAAAGGUACAGCCAUGUUCUGUAUGCGCUCUUGUUAGUGGAUAGAAUUGAAAUGAAUACUGUUUACUAUUCAUGGGCAUAUCUAAGUGUCGUCUCAGUAUUCUGAGCAAUUGUAUUAAGCACCUGGCCUGAAUGCUAUGCAGCCGAGAUGCAGGCAAAGGUAUAUAUUUUGUGAAUUCUCAAGAGUUUCAAACCUUGCACACCUGUGAAAGUUUGUGACACAACAGUAAUAGUCAUUUCUAUAAAUGUAGCCAGAACAGGUGGCAGCUUUAUAGUGUCGAGAUCAUCCUCUGUGAAUAACAGUGGUCAUUGGUCAUAAACACGACCCCUCACUAACUAUACAAAGAACAGCGAGCUGUAGUGUACUUUUCGUAGCCGUUUUAUAAGCCAGCCAUUGCCUGCCUUCUUGUCAUGAAGUUUUUGUGAACCUGACACGGGAAUUCGCUUUACAGUUAUGGUUCACAGCUUUUACCUUUUAUCAACUUCUAUUGUCUGCUAGAUUCAUGCUGUGCACUUGUAACGCAAAGAAGGUUGGAAUGUUGCUGUGGCUGCUACAGUGUUUUUGCUAACCUGUUUCUGAUAGAACUUUCAGUGGUCAACAAAAACAGCUUUGAUAAACGAAUUCUGUCAGUUGCUGUCUGAAUGGCAGCUGAGUGGUUUUCUACACAUGAUGUCUAACAAGGACAUAUGGUAAGCAGUGAGAAAAUGCUAAAAUGUGUUCAUACUCUUGGAGUUUAAAGUCUAUAGGGCGUGUAGGAUCUGCAAAAAAAAAAUAAUAAUAAUAAUAAAGUGGCAUUGUUGCUAGUUUUGGGCACAUUGCUCAGAAUUAAGUCACAUUCUGCAGUAGUUUGUGCAACCAACGAAGCCUCAUUGAAUUUAUUGCUGCACAUUCGAACUAAGAAGAAAUUGAGCAUUUUUGCAGAACUUGCAGUGCCCCAUAAGCUUUCGACACUGUCUGAACAUUGUGGUCAACAAACAACAUAAUGCAAUUAGAUGUAUCGAGAGCAAUGCACAUAAUCGAAGUGCCAUAUCGAAUUUUUUUUUCUACUUCAGAACGAGCACGACCAUGUCAUUUAGUUGAGAAAGGACAGCCAAAUGUAGUGUUUUGUAACUAAGCAUUCUUGAACUGUUUACUACUCUGCUGGAAAAAUAUGCCUGCUUAGCUGCACCACUUGAAAGAUGUGUUGUAGACCCGUUUUCUUAAUUUUUUGUUUUUGAGAAUAUUUCGUUAAGGCAAGAAUGUGAAGCGACCACAGUGCUUUUGCAUUGACGUGGUUGUCAUAUAUUUUUUGUAGGUCUUUAUACAUAUACAAGUGGUGGAUAUGGGGAACUCUUUUGGAUGGAUGAGCAAAACAAUGACAGCCCUAUUGCUUCUCAUUUGUAACGUAUAGUGCUCUGUUGCAUAGGUGAAAAACAAAACUUUUCUUUUGCACGUUUACUCUUGUUAAGCUGUAAAAACAAACCUAUACGACCUUGUCCUUCUCCCCUUUUUAUGUAUAUUGUAACAAAUAUACCGAGUGGUCGGUGGGAAACUUCUUGCUCCGACUCCGGUCCUUCUAUUUGGUACUCGCCCUGUCGCAUUUGCAAAUUGUGUAUAGAAAAGCUGUAACAGUGAACACAAAAUAAAAAAAAAGUGUAUUCCUGUUA